CGUUGUCUAAUUUUUGCCUGAGUGAAAUGCUGCUGCUCCAGUCGUGGAAUAUUCAUUAAGCGCGCAUGAGGAUCGAGGAGGAAGCCAUUCAAAGCUGAACAGAACGCUCCGGAGUAGGCCGUGUAGUCGAAAGGAUCAAACGCAUACUGUUGUUUCAGGUUAAUCUUCGGAUCGAAAGAGGUGGGAAUGGACCCGCGGAAAGUGACGGAAUUGAAGGCCUUCGUGCAACUGUGCAAUGAUAAUCCCUCCGUGUUGCACCUGCCUGAACUGGGUUUUGUCCGGACCUGGUUGCAUGGCUUGGGAGCUACUCUCCCACCAGCCCCCAGCAAUGAGUCCUCAUGCAAGGGGGGAUGCCCAUGCGGCCCACCACCCACCUCAUCCAAGCCAGCACCUGAGCCAAGCCCACCAUCAGAGAGUGAGGAGAGCGAGCUGGAGAUAGACGACGAAGGAGUUAUUGAGCCAGACACAGAUGCACCCCAGGAAAUGGGAGACUUUGAAAACCUUGAGGUCACAGAGGACAUGAUGGACCAGGCAAAUGCAAAGAAAAUGGAGGCAAUUGAAGUCCUGGGAGAAGGAGAACUGCAGAAAGCUCUGGAUCUCUUCACUGAAGCAAUCAAACUCAACCCGUGUUUGGCUAUCCUCUAUGCCAAACGGGCUAGUGUGUAUAUCAAGAUGCAGAAACCCAAUGCAGCCAUAAGAGACUGUGACAGAGCCAUCAAAAUAAAUCCAGACUCUGCACAGCCAUACAAGUGGAGAGGAAAGGCCCACAGGUUGCUGGGGCAUUGGGAGGAGGCCGCUAAGGACCUGGCCAUGGCCUGCAAGCUGGACUACGACGAUGAUGCCAGCGCCAUGCUGAAAGAAGUCCAGCCUAAGGCUAACAAAAUCAUCGAGCACCGGCGCAAGUACGAGCGCAAGCGCGAGGAGCGUGAGCUCAAGGAGAGGCAGGAGCGGGUGAAGAAGGCCAGAGAGGAGCACGAGAGGGCCCAGAGGGAGCAGGAGGACAGAGAACAGGCAGGUGGGGCUGGUGGCUUCCCAGGAUUCCCAGGAUUCCCAGGUGGAGCCGGCGGCUUCCCAGGUGGUGCUGGAGGCUUCCCAGGUGGUGCCGGCGGUUUCCCGGGUGCUGCUGGAGGUUUCCCAGGUGGUGCUGGUGGUGGUGGCGGCUUCCCAGGCGGCAUUCCUGGUUUGGACAAACUUCUCAGUGACCCAGAGGUGCUCAUGGCCAUGAAGGAUCCAGAUGUAAUGGCGGCAUUCCAGGACGUGGCUCAGAACCCCGCCAACAUUGCCAAGUACCAGAGCAAUCCCAAGAUCAUGGCCCUCAUUGCCAAACUGAGCUCCAAGUUCGGUGGAGCACAACCCUAGGGUGGGAGAGGGCAGCAUUGACGACAAAAAAAAAAAAUCAAUAACAAGGGUGGGGUGGGUGGAUGGGUGAUGUUGGUGAAGAUACAGUUUGAGUGUGGAGGUAGGACGGGGUAUUGUGAUGGCUUUCCAGCUGUGCGUCAUUUUAGUGGGAGGGAAGGCCUAGCCUUUUGGGGGGGGGGGGGGGGGGGUGGGAGUUUAUAUGGAAAGGUCAAAGGAGACUGAAGCAGGUGGGCUUAGCCAUAUGCAUGCAGUACAACCCCACAGGUGGUUCUUUGGCACUGAAUGGGGUGGCAGGUGCAGGAAAGUAAUUCUUAACAUGGGGCCAGCCUGCUUUAGGCAUACAGCACUUCCUUUUUACAAAUUAACAGACAACGGUGCCGGACUCGAACCAAACCUUUUUUUGGGAAUCAUUUUGAAUUCAGUGAGACAUGUACACUCUCAUCUUUUCUACCCCUUUAGGGGUAGGAUAAACGGUCUGGGUGGACUUAAAUCUAGUAGAAACAACGUGAAGUGAAAAUUUGCAAAAUCUCUGGCCGUCGAGCAGAUCUAGACUUCUGUCUCGUGUCUGAAAGGGUCCGGCUGCAGUGGGUCUCUGGUGAACUACUCUUCCCCUCAGGAUUUUCUUUUACAUGUUUUACUUAUCUUCACUGUAAUGUAACAUAUUCCCCAUCUGUCUUUCUUGCUCCCAAAAGCAAAAAUAAGAUGUAUACCUGUUUGCAAUCAUUAAAAGACUAUUUCUGAUUGUUGCAAAAAAA